GAGAGAGAGAGAGAGAGGGAGAGAGAGCACAUCAGAGGGAAGAGAAAAAAGACCAGCGUAACUUGAAUUGGACCGGCAAAGUCGGCCCCUCAGCUAGGGUGCAUCUUUGCCUCUCUCCACGGUACUAACCGAUUUGGGGAUGAAUUGUGAAUUUGCCACGUUCUUGUAGUCUCGGUAGUGUGUAACCGUAACCGCAGCUCAGCUCACUAUUUGCCUUAGCGCGGACUAAAUCACCCUCCAAGCUGCUGUCUCCUGCCGCGAACGAUCAGCUCCAUGGACAGCGACUAGCACAGAGACUCCACAGACUGGCGUAUCACAGGAACUACACAUCACUCUCAGAGGUCCGUCUCAUCAACAGUGGGUGGAACUCCGUUCUCUCCUCAUUGGACUACAACAGGAAGUUCAGUUCAGCAGAACUACAACCCCCAUUGCCCACCAUGGUGUUGCCGCAGCCAGACAAACGCCACGUGUGCCUGACCACCAUGGUGAUCAUGACCAGCAUGGCCUUCAUGGACGCCUAUCUGGUAGAGCAGAACCAGGGGCCCAGGAAGAUCGGAGUGUGCAUCAUCGUGCUGGUGGGAGACAUCUGCUUCCUCAUCGUGCUGCGCUACGUGGCAGUGUGGGUCGGGGCUGAGGUGAAGACCGCCAAACGCGGCUACGCCAUGAUACUCUGGUUCCUCUACAUCUUCGUCCUGGAGAUCAAGCUCUACUUCGUCUUCCAGAACUACAAGGCGGACAGGAAAAGCCUGGAGACGGUGGCCCGGAAGGCUCUAACCUUACUCCUCUCCGUAUGCGUCCCGGGGCUAUACUUGGUCCUGGUGGCUCUGGACAGCAUGGAAUACGUGAGGACCUUCAGGAAAAAGGAGGACAUGCGGGGGAAGCUGUUCUGGGUGGCCCUGGACCUGCUGGAUGUUCUGGACAUCCAGGCCAACCUGUGGGAGCCCCAGCGGACCGGCCUGCCCAUCUGGGCCGAGGGACUGAUGUUCUUUUACUGUUACAUCCUGCUCCUAACCCUGCCCUGCGUCUCCCUCUCUGAGAUCAGUGUCCAGGGGGAGCACGUCUCUCCCCAGAAGAUGAUGCUGUACCCUGUUCUUAGUCUAGUUACUAUAAACAUAGUCACGAUCUUGAUCCGUGGGGUUAACAUGGUGCUGUUCCAGGAUAGUAGGGUGUCUACCAUCUUUAUAGGGAAGAAUGUGGUGGCUAUAGCCACAAAAGCCUGUACGUUCCUGGAGUAUAAGAGGCAGGUGAAGGAGUUCCCCCCACAGGACCCUAGCAUGGCAGGUAUAGCCCUGGAGCUGCAUCAAGGGAACUCUGUGGGUCACAGCCACGGGCACAACCAGACCCUGCCCAAUGCCACCACUAGCCUCUCUGACGAACCAUCACCGACCGAGGUCAUAGACACAUGACCCUCGCCCAUGGAUACCUAAAUCCUUUUCACACUAUAAUGUCGACCGGAUCCAUGUUGUGACGGCUCUGAUAUUUUCCGUUUACAUUGUGCUUACCAGCACGGGUUCAGCAACUACCAUCGCAGUACAGCUUGGCUUAGCUUGGCUCAGUAGUGUGAAAAGGGUGGUAAGUGUCUGACCCUGAGCUCAGCUAGACUGGACUAGACUUCUCAGAGCUCAGCUAGACUGGACUAGACUUCUCAGAGCUCAGCUAGACUGGACUAGACUUAUCAGAGCUCAGCUAGACUGGAAUAGACUUCUCAGAGCUCAGUAUGACCUCAACCAAGACUGUUCCGGUCCUAUGGAGUGGCAGAAAGAAACGACACGUUUCACUGAGACCACUCCAGCUCAGGAAAACGGCCCAGCGCCUUGCCAGCCAGCCUCCCAGAUGAACUGAUGAGAUCAUUCUGAUGAAGACUGAUGUGAUUUUCUAUUCUAUUAUGUGUGUUUCUAUACUUCUCUGUGGUGGACUAACAGACAGACGGACACAUAGAGACAGAGACAAAACCCAAUCCAGCUCAGCAGAUAUGAGCUCAUAGUCUACCUGUUAACCAUACCUGGGUUCAAAUACUAUUUGAAACAAUGUCAACUACUUUAUCUGGACUUGAUUGAGCUUGCCUGACACAAUGGAAUGAAUGGAAUAGUAGCAAGAGUGAAAACCACACCCACCUGGCACUCCAGGCAGACUAGAGCAAAACCUCAAAGUGUAUUUUUAAAUUCAAGUAGUAUUUGAAACCAGGUCUGCUGUAAACUCUGUCUUUUUUGACUCUUUGGAGUUUUUGUAUUUCCAAGGCAAUGUUUUUACGUGAUGGUGUACUGCUGUAAUUCUCGUUGUCAUUUGAAAGAUAUCUAUCUACAUAUAUAAAUAUAGCCACUGUCAUUGAAGUGGCAUUCAUUUGAGGAUUCCUAUCCUCUGCAAGAGAGAAUUGCAGAGCAAGAAUGGAUAGAGGGGAAACAAAGAGGCAGCGGGAAGGUAUGUGGGGUUGGAGGAGAAAGCAAGAGAGAGAUGGAGGGAGGGUGAGAGUGGGAGGAAAAUGGUUGGGGAGAUGGGCAGUGUGUGUGUGUGUGUGUGUGGGAGGAUGGAAAGGGGUGGAGAGAUGGAGGUGUAAGCCUCUCAGAAGGGGAUGUCCCUGGUACUGUGUGGAUUUUGAAGUAUGAGACCAGACCAUAUGUACAGUGUUCAUAUUAGGACAGCCUUAGAGUCACAAGACGUUAGUGUCAGACACCAGGGCCGGUAUGUGUCAAGCGUCUCAGAGUAAGAGUGCUGAUCUAGGAGACAGUUUAGCCUUAUAAAUCAUAAUUAAUAAGAGGCGGAACCUGAUCCUAGAUCAGAUCUCCGACUCUGAGAUACUUUGUGAAUAUGGACCCUGACUAUAUUAACGCCGUGUGACUCAGAGGCUGUAAUAACAGGUGAUUUACAGACCUGUCUGUUUUCACUGAGCUCAGCAAUACCUGUCGAUGGAAGAAUAAAGAAGGUUCACAGGACCUGUAGUUUCUCAAUG